CGAAGACAACCGCCAUGGACCAUUUCGUUACGGCGGUGACGGGGACGACCUCUGCUGUUGCUCUCGUUGGCAUCGUCGUGUUUGCGACCGGGAUUGUCAAGUACUACCAGGCGCCGAGAGAUCGGGAUGCGUUGUGCACGCUCGUGACCAUCAUCGCGCUGUCAUCGGUGUUGGCGACCGUACUGCUGUUUCCUGUCGAUGUUGCAUUGGUAUCGAAUACGACGGAUAAUGCGACUGGGUUGAAGAAGGCGUGGGCGACGGAUGAGAAGAUUGGGCAGAUUCUGUUUGGGUUGAAGGUGCUGUAUUACAGCUUGUACUCCCUUGAUGUGGGAUUCGUACUGUUGUUCAUUCCGUUCACAUACUUCUUCUAUGAGGAGUGGGAUGCGGACUCAACUACGGGUGAGAGAGUGAAGAAUUCGUUAAAGUACUCGGUGUUCUUUCUCUUCACCGCUGUCGUCCUGUUCUUGAUUGGGUUCUUCGUACCGAUCGCCAAGGCGGAUAAGGCGCAUCUUGAUCUGGAUUACUUCAAGAAAUUGCUCGCCGGGAACCACAGCGAAAAAGCUCUCGCAUUCACAAUCGGCAUCCUCCUCACUAUAGGCUCCGCCCUUUUCAUAUCCUAUACCGCACCAGGCCUCGCUCUCCUCCCUCUCUCCCUCAUCUCACCCUCCUUGUCACCAGUCCCAACCACCUCCCGCGCUGAUCAAGCUCUCGCUCAUAACCGGGAGCGACAGCGUGCGAUCGAGGUCAAGUACGCCGGAAGCCAUGCGCAGAUGAACUCGAAGGAUCGGAGAGCCUUGGAGGCGUUGCAGAGGGAGGAACGGACGUUGGUGAGGCAUGUUAGGUUGGCGGAAGAGGCGGGGAGGAAGAGUGGGCCGUUGAGGUGGGUCAGAAGGGUGUUUGGGAAGAUGGGGAGGGUGGGGAGGGUGGUGCUUGGGUUGGUGGUUGGUGCUGGUAGUGUUGUGACGGUUGCGUCGAUGAUAAUCUCAGGGAUCGAGAAGCUUACAGGUAGUGUUUGCGGCCGACGCUGUGGAUUCAUCCUCGACAGGACGCCGAAGCUGUUCAAUCUUGUCGACCGGGGUCUCGUUAUGUCCUCGCGGAUAUUCCCCUUGGAUUACAUCAUCACGACGUUGCUCGUCCUGUUAUUCUUCAUGGCGACAAUGCUGGGCAUUUUGUACAUCGGCAUUCGCGUGUUAUGGGUAAACAUUUUCCGCGUCCGCCCAGGAUCAACACAACCACAAGGCCUCCUUCUCCUCGCCUCCCUGCUGACUCUCACUAUCCUCGCCAUCAACUACUCCCUCGUCACCGUCGUCGCACCCCAAUACGCCCACUUCGGCCACCAAAAAUUCUGCAACCAUACCCUCGGCAAUGGCUUCAUCCGCGACUGUACCGACUACCCAGACCUUAUCGUCCCCUGUGACGCAUCAGCCCCAACAAAUAUCUGCACACCAACAGUAAUGUCCUCCUUCGUUGACCGCGUUGGGCUCAAUUACCCUUUUUUCGGACAAGUCGGGUUUUGGUCUCAAUGGAUUUUCGUGGGCGUGUGGGUUUUGAGUGGACUGUGGAUUUUGGUGAGGGGGGUUAGGUGGGCGAGGGAGGAGGAUGAGGAUAGUGAUGAUGAAGUGGAGGAUGGGGAUGAGGAGGAGAGUUUGUUGGGGAGUUGGAGGAGGAGAGUGAGUAGUACGGUAAGGGAUUUGAGGAGUCGGGAUGCGUAGAUUUUUCGUGAAUGUACCAAGGGUUCGGGGAUUAGGUAUGACCGUGGGGCUUUUGCGAGCUCGGUUCUCAUGCUACUACGGCCCUCAAACUUCCCGGCCGCGGAGGAACUUAGUGGAUACCAUCUAUAAGCUUCAUGGGAGCCUACAGGUUUAAAUCUUUCAUAAAUCAAGUCUCUGAGUGCCCAGCGGAACCUUAACAUUACGCUGCCUCGGUGAAUUCAAAGUGAAGAAUCUACAAUGGGAGCAUCACGAUCGUUGAUAUGUCUUUGUCUUCACUCAUC